CUUAUAACUGAGAAGCAGGACGGCUGCGCGACGGCUCACGAAACACGCUUGACAGGUCUUGCUUGUUCUUAUUCUGAGGUCUGGCAUACGCUUUUUUUGACAUACGUUGACGACUGACGUAAAAAAUUGUAUAAAGAAAAUUAAGAAAGCAUAUUACAAUACAUAAAUUGAAAUAGUAUUGUAUUGAUUAAUUCUAAAUAUACCAUUCCAUUUAAUUGAACACCCAAUUUUGUGCUGAAUAAAAGAAAACUCAAGUAACAUAGUUAAAGAGCUAUACUGCAUACACAAUGCCUAAACGUGGAGGUGGCCCAAGGCACCGUAAUUGGAAGGGUGACAAUGAUCAUUUUGAUCAUGAUGACCGCGUUCAGAGCAACUCAACAAGACGUGUUAGCUUCAAGCCAACAAGUAAAGGCAAAAACAAGAUUCGCACAUGGAACGAUCCCAAACUAUUACUUGACGAUGAUAUUGACAUGGGUGCCACGAGCGGUCAAGGACAGUAUCGGAAAAGCGCUUUCAGGGGGCGUGGAGGCCGUAUGAACUCACCAGCCCCAAGAGCCCAUCAUGGAGUAGUUAAAAAGAAGUUCAUUGCUGGUAUACUCCCUUGGUACCAAAUUAUAAUUCCAUAUGGAGCUAAACAUGAGAAAGAGGUGGUAUUACGGUCAUUGCUGAGUUUUAUAUCACCUGAGAUCUUCAUUCCACAUUACUACAAGACCAAUGGCAAUGCUGCCGUGUUUUAUGUGGAUGAUGUCAAAAUCGCCGAGAGACUGUAUCAUGCAGACAGAAAAAUUACAAUGUCUGAUGGUUUCAAGCUUGUGGUGAUUGUGAGAAACGCAGUACCGAAUAUCACAAUAGAUGCUGAUAUGAAGGAGAAGAUGAAACUGACAAUGGCUAAAAGAUACAAUGCUGCAACUAAAGCAUUAGAUUUGACAAAAUUUCAUGCUGAUCCAGAUUUAACAGACAUAUUCUGCGCAUUGUUCCGUCCAAUGAUUAUGUUGGCUGCCAUUGACAUAAUCGCUGAGAACAUCCCUGAUCUUGAAGCUCUCAACCUCAAUGACAAUAAGCUGCAUGGACUCGAGCACCUCAAGAUAUUGUCCUCCAAGUUCAAGAAUCUGAAAAUCUUAUACAUGGGUGACAACAGGAUACCAUUCCUCGGCUCACUGGACCCACUGAAGUCACUGCCCCUCGUUGAGCUGUACCUCAAGGGAAAUCCUUUGGUGAACAGGUUUCAUGAUCACGAAAUAUAUAUCAGCGAUGUGCGGAAGAAGUUCCCCAAGCUGAUGAAAUUAGACGGUGCCGACCUACCUCCAGCCAUUGGUUUCGACGUGUCAGAAGACCUUUCGCUGCCCCCCCGACAGCAGUCGUUCCUAGUGGACCCGGCGGGCCAGGACCUCGUACGAGAGUUCCUCACUCAGUACUUCGCAAUAUUCGACUCUGAGUCCCGCCAGGCAUUGCUUGAGGCGUACCAUGAAAACGCAAGCCUCUCAAUGGCUUCUAAUUACUUAAGCAAUGAUAGCAGAAAUUCACCUAAUAACAGACUAACAUCAUACAUAUCAAACAGCCGGAACAUAAUGCGUGUAACAGACAGGGAACAGAGGAGGCGUUACUUACGCACGGGAAGAUUACAAGUCGUAUCGUUCCUGUCGGACCUGCCUAAAACCACGCAUGAUCUUAUGGGCUUUGCGGUUGAUCUCAUUGUGUUUACGCCCGCUAUGAUAGUUCUGACGAUGAACGGCAUAUACAAAGAGACGAAUACCGCUGGUAACCCGACGCGCUCCUUCCACCGCACGUUCGUCAUCGUGCCCAACACUAGCGGUGGCUUCUGCGUCAUCAACGACAUGCUGUAUGUCACCAACACCACCAAGGAACAGGAAGAGAAAGCAUUCGCGUCUGGUUCAGUGGAGCCGACGCCGGCUGCGCCUGCGCCGGGGCCCGCGCCGGGCGCCGUGCCGGGCGUGGCGCCGGGCGUGGCGGCGGGCGCUGCGCCGGACGACGCGCACAAGAUGCAGCUGCUCGCCAUGCUCAGCCAGCAGACCGGCAUGAACGAACACUGGAGCGUCAACUGCCUUCAAGAAACAUGCUGGGACCUCCAAAGAGCGGUCUUCAUCUUCAAUCAACUCCAAUCAGAAGGGAAGAUACCACCAGAAGCAUUUGUUAAAUGAACUCAAUAACGUCUUUAGUUAAAGGCUGUGCCUGUAAAUAUUAGUUAAGAAGAGAGAAUAUUUUCUUAUAUCUAUGGAUGAUUGUUGCAAAUUUGGAGUAAAUGUGAUGUGUGUUUGGAUUUUGGAAAAACUUGAAGAGUACUGAAUGGUAGAAAAAAUGGAUUCAUCUUGACGAUAUUGUAUUAUUUAAAAUAAACCAAAUUAACGACGUAAAAGCUACCAUGACUGUCCAGUAUCUGGAGUUGUCAAAUUUUAGAUGGUUGAUAUAUUAUUUCAACCACUCAAGUGGAAGAAAUUAAAAAGAGCAUCGAUGAGUAAACAUUACAUGGAAUCUAGAAAAAAUAUUGAUGGAAAGAAGAAUGUGGAAAUUUUUUGAUAUUGUUUGUAUCAUAAUUAAAAAUGGAAGACCUAAUGCUUGAGAGGGAAGGUAAAAAUAACUAGGGCAAAAGCUCAUCAUCAUCAGCCACAUGUAAUCCACUGCUGAUCAUAGGGCUAUCCUCAAGAUAUAUCUACAAGUUUACAGUCAUCCCAUGAUUGAUAGCGGUCGACUCUAGAGCCCUAUGGAAAACAAUCAUAACUUAACAAUUAUCAGGAUUGUGGAAGAAAAAUGUAUGCGUCUUAAAAGACCUCAAGAUAAUUGCACGUGAAUGACAUCAGCUCAAGCAUCUUGGAAUUAGAAUAAGUUUAACACUCAUUUAGAAAAUUGUAAGUUUUUAAGAAUGUUUGGAAAAAAGUAUUUUGGAAUUGUUUAACAUGUUUUAAUGUUAACGGACAUAGAAUACUGUGACGUCAUUAUUUAACUUAAUUGUCAAAUUGUUUUGUAAUCAAUAGUGUCUAAUUUUUAUAUAGAAGCAUUGUUUCUCUAAAUCACAGGUCACAGAUUAUAUAAUUUUUCAAAUAGAUAUGAAUAACUACUUGUGUAGAUGAUAUCUAUUGUGCAUCUUAUUACCAUAAUUAUAAACUAAUUUUCUUAAACAAUAUAUGUAAAAAACACAAUCAUUCUAUAUGGUAUUUGGCAGAAGUUGCUAAAGCAAUUGGCAAGCUUUUGUUAGUGUGCCAGUAUGUUACUGGCAUCAUUGUGACGACUGGCGAGAUUUUCCUCGUUGGCUGUUAUUGUGAACUAUACUGUAGUAACAUUUGUUGUCAAAUGCAAUUAAAACUGCCUGUCAAAAAAAAUAUAUUUUCCUGUGAAAUUUUUCUGGUACUUAUGGACUAGAAAAAUUUAUAAUCUUGAUAAGUAUAGAGUGAUAGUGGAUUACAUAAAAAACGAUGUAAAUAAGUCUGAACUUAAAGUUCCUUAGCACCUUCAGAAAAAAAAAAAACAAAAAGGACGAAACAAAAAAAAAGAUGAAAUUGAGCAAAGAGGAAUGAUAUCUAUAAUUAUAUUUUUGUUUAAUAUAUUUAGUAUUAAUUCUUUUUGGGAAGGUGUCCGGCUGUAUACGGUGGAAGUUUGGCGGUGACGCAUAGUGGCAAGUUUCAGGCGCUUGAACUCAGUACGAGGAGCUGAGCUAAUAUGGACCCUAUUGGGUGAUGUGAUGAUAUCUGCGACGGAACCCCAAAGAAUUCGUUCUUGCGUGGGCUAGUCGUAAGGUUGAACGGAGAUAAUAUACGCGCUCGUUUUACUUAGCCAUGUUUUGUUUAUAUGUCCGCCUUGAUCCCCGUUAUGUGCUUGGACAGGGGGGGCUUAGGGAUAAUGUAAGUGUUACCUAAGGCUAUACAGAGAAUACAUUAAUUUCUUGAGUAA